UUUCCGAGCUAAGCUCCCCAAUCCCACUUCGAUCAUCGCCAAGUGCCAGUUAAACCCAAGUGGAACCGACAACAAUAUGAAGGUUUUCAUCUACCUGAUUGUCUGCGUCAGCCUGGCCCAAUCCGGAUUCAUCGGAGGUGGUGCUAGCGGUGGCUGGUCAUCCGGAGGAGGUGGUGGCUGGUCAUCCGGCGGAGGCGGCGCCCCCACCAUCGUCAAGGUCAUCAGCGAGGAGGCUGUUCAUGGCGGCGGCGGAUGGGCCGGCGGCUACUCUGGUGGCUAUGCCCAUGCUCCCGAGGAGGUGAAGAUCGUCAAGGUGAUCAGCGAGGCGGGCCACUCUCACGGUCAUGAUUAUGGUCACGACCAUGGUCACAGCCACGGCCACGGCUCGGAGGUUAAGAUCAUCAAGGUCAUCCAGGAGGAGGGUCACAGCCACGGCCAUGGCCACGGAUACGAGUACUCCAGCGGAGGCCAUGGACACGCCCACCACGCCGAGGAUGUGAAGAUCAUCAAGCUGAUCAGCUCCGGAAUUGCCGAUGGCGGCAGCCACGGUGGCUGGUCCUCCGGCGGCGGCUGGUCCUCCGGUGGCUCCGGAUGGAACUAAGCAGUUCCUCGGAGAUGCUCGGUCAUCCCAACGGAUCCCAGGCAACCCAGUGCGCCGAUGUCAACUCUUUUGUUUCUGUUGUCGGAGUUGUGCGGCGAUAUUGGCCUUUUUCGAUGCUCGAAGUAAGUUUAGGAUAGUGCACGCGUUUUGUGUGUGCGCUUAGAAACCAUUAAUUUUUUUUGCUAAUUGUUAAAGAAAUACACAGAAAAAGAAAAAGAA